CGGGCCGCUCCGCUCCGCCAUGCCGCGGUACUGCGCCGCGUCCUGCUGCAAGAACCGAGGGGGCCAAAGCGCCAGGGACCAGCGCAAGCUGAGCUUCUACCCAUUUCCACUUCAUGAUAAAGAGAGACUUGAGAAAUGGCUGCGGAAUAUGAAACGAGAUGCAUGGACUCCAAGUAAGCACCAGCUUCUAUGCAGUGAUCAUUUUACCCCUGAUUCCCUUGAUGUGCGAUGGGGUAUACGAUACUUGAAACAUACUGCUGUACCAACAAUUUUCUGUUCCCCAGGUGAUGAGGAAAAAGAUUCUUCUCAGAACAGCCCACAAGAGAUAAAGAGAGAAGACCUGGAAGAAACAAAUACAACUGUAGUGUCAGAGAAAGCAUCUGUAUCACUUGAACCUUGUACACCAAAGAAAAAUCUUGUAAUUGCAGAAAAUGUAGAUGAAAAAGUAGAAGCAGUUUGCUCAACUGCAUUGAGUAAACCUUUACAAAUUCAAAACCUACAAAUUCAAAACCUGCAACUUCAAAACAGAGAAGACUUUCAGGCAGACAGUGUCAUUCUUGAUAAUUCUUCUAAGCAGCAUAUGCAUCAACCUCAUCCUGUUUUAAUGGCAGCAGCAGUCCAGAGCAUGGAAGCUACCAGUGUUCAUACUUCUGCAGAGGAUCCAGUAGGUUGUACAGCUACAGUCUUGCAAUUUACAGACCCUGACUACUUGAAUUCAUCUCUGAAACUGAAAAAUGCUUUAGGUUCAAUUACUGACUAUGCAAUUGAAAAUCCUAACUCUCAUGUUGUAGGCUGCUCUGUUGAAGUACAGCCCACAAGUGAAAAUGCAGUUUUACUGAGUACAGUCACACAAACUAUUGAACAGUUCAGUGGCAGUGAAGAAUCUGUCAUUGCUAUUAUUGUGCCAGCCGAGAGUCCAGAAAAGCCUGAAAUAGUAAAUAGUUCUUUCCUGCCUAUUAAGCAGGAGUUUCUUGACACAGAGGAGACAGAAACAGAUAAAUCUGUGUAUAUAAAUGCAUAUGGUGGAAGUGAAGUGUUACAAACUGAGCAUUCAUACUGCAAACAAGACAUAGACAGAGAUCACCUUUGGCAAAAAAUUUCAAAGCUCCACUCUAAGAUAACUCUACUUGAAAUGCAGGAGAUAAAAACUUUGCGGAGACUCAGGUCCUUGGAAGCUCUUAUUGGACAAUUGAAGCAAGAAAACUUGCUUUCUGAAGAAAAGCUGAAGAUUGUAGAAAACUGCUUUACAACACUUGAAGUGACUAUGAUACAGUAAAGGCUUUCAAUGAUUGCUCUAAAAUAUCUUUUUAGCCUCUUUGACUGUCAUUUUGGACAAAUUAACUUUUGUUUCAGUCAUGGUAUUUUAAACAUCUAAUGCAAAUUGUGUGAAUAGCAAAUAUUCUUUAAAAUGUUACAUCAACCACUACCAAAGCUAGGUGGUAGAAUAUUGCCUAUAAAACAUGACUUGCAAGUAAGCUUUAAAAAAAAAAGAAAACCUGUUAAAAUUUUGUUAAAAAGUAUAUGAAUUGAAUCGAUAAAUGUAAGUUAAACCUUUCUAGCUGCAGGCUCCUCUGAAACAUGCAACUCCUGCAUUUGGGGCAGCAGUAGAAUAGACAGAAUAAGCAUGUAGGAUGGACAAUUAUAAAACUGUUGUUUAAAAAAAAAAGUCCCAAUCUCUUUCAAAUGAGCAAUAAGGUAUGUAAUACACAUUGUCCAGUGAGACCACAAUUACUCUGUUAUCUUCUGUUCAUCUAACAUUUGUUCUGAUAGUUUUUUGUACACUUUGACCUUAUUAAAAUUGU